UUCCAUUUCCCGAGACAAGAGCCACCAAUGGCAUCCCCCCUUUUAGCUAGCAUUAGCAAUGCCCCAUUACUAAAAGUUUCUUUGGCUGCUCAAAAUCCCAUCCCCAUUUUUAUCUUCUUCCUCAAGCUCUGCGGCAGCAGAUACUCACCCAUCUUUUCCUUUUCUUCUUAAAGCUUUCUCUUCACAAUCUGUACGAGAUUGGUGGGUUCUUCCUUGGGAUUUUCAGUUUGCAUUUCUUUUAUUCUAUUCAAAUUUCCCAUUUAAUGGCCGCCGUGGCCGCUUGUAAACGGGUGGGUCAAAUCGGACCCAAUUCCUGGACGAUAGGGGGAGUUAGCAGAUUCAAAGGAGUGCUUUCCCCUCUUGAUGCCUCGACGUUUCCUCCCUCAGCCAUUCGAUUGUCACUUUCUCCUUCUCCCUUCUCACAACGGAGACAGGUUUCUCAGCAGCUCGUAAAAUCAAAUGGAAAGAGAUUGUUUCUCAUCGACACAUUAGCUUUGGUUAGGAGAUUAGAGGCUGAAGGUCUGCCUUCGAAGCAAGCUGAGGCCAUAACAGCUGCCAUAACUGAAGUUCUGAAUGGCAGCUUGGAAAAUCUGUCUCUUUCUGUUGUUUCCAAGUCUGAGAUGCAGAAAAGUGAAAUGACUCAAGAAGCCAAUCUUUCCAAGCUAAAGUCAGAAGUUCAAAGUUCUCAGGAGCACCAUUUUUCUUUGUUGCAACAUGAGAACGAGAAGCUUCGACAUGAUAUAGAGAAGAUGCGCAGUGAAUUAAGACAUGAAAUCGACAAAGUCACUGCUGAACAUAGAUUGGAUUUGAAUCUUGAAAGAGGGAGAAUAAGGGAUGAGCUUACAAAUCAGAAUGCUGUAACAUCUAACCUCACUAACAAACUUGAUCGGGAAAUUCACGCAUUAGAGGCUCAAUUGGAAGGUGCAAAAUAUGACUUGAUAAAAUACUGCAUAGGUACACUUGUUUCCAUAACUGCUGUUGGUCUUGCUGUAGUUCGUAUACUGAUGUAAACCUGCAAUGUUAGCAUACUCAGUAUAACCUCAAAAGGGGAAGAAACCGUAGCUCUUUUUAUAUUUCAUUUAUUUAUUUUCUAAUUUUUUCUUUACAAUGGAAAACAGCUCAUUUCUUGUGAAGCUGUUCUUUUGUGCCAUUAGGAUUGGAAUGGGUGAGGGUUUGGGUAGAGAGAGACAUCAAGUUUGAGCCUUAACUCUCCUUUUGCAAAAGGAAGAAUACAUAUAUUGGGUGUUCUUUGUUCAAAUUUUUUUGAAAAGAAAUGAGAAGUCCAAUAUGAUUUUACUAGCUA